CGCGGCGGGGCCAUUUGGCGGCCGGACCCGCGCCCGGCGCCGCUCCUGCCCUGCGCCGGCGGGAAACAUGUCCGCGGGCCGCCCGUUCCUGACCUGCGCCUGCUUCUUUUCGGACAACAUCUUCGUGGGGCGCUACGGGCUGCACGUCCGGUACCGGGACGAGGCGCAGCUCCGCCGCGAGCACGGGCGGGCGCUGCGGGAGCGGGGCUGCCGGAGCGAGGAGGCGUUCGGGGCCGUGUUGCGGGAGAUUGAGGCAGAAGUGCAGAGGAGAAAACAGUGGAUCCAUCAGUCAGUGGAACGCAAAGCCAUCAUCUCAGAGUGCUACAAACGAAAGCACCCAGAAGUGUACAUUCUGCAGGAUUCAUUCCUGGCCCCAGGCUUUCUAGAAAUCGUGAGAUACUGCACGUCGCCGGACGCUCACCUCCAUGGCCUCCUGCACUUCCUCGAGUCCUUCUCAGAUAAGAGGAUCUAUCGGCUCCCAGUGUUCACAGAGGAGUUCUGCCAAGCAUUUGUGAAUGAGCUGGAGAACUUUGAGCAGUCGGAUAUGCCUAAAGGCAGGCCCAACACUAUGAAUAACUAUGGGGUUUUGCUAAAUGAGCUUGGGAUGGAUGAAACUUUCAUCACACCCCUACGCGAAAAAUACCUGCAGCCCAUAACGGCACUGCUUUAUCCCGACUUGGGGGGCACUUGUCUGGACAGCCAUAAAGCAUUCGUUGUUAAGUACUCGCUCCAUGAAGACCUGGAUUUGAGCUCUCACUAUGACAAUGCGGAAGUCACCUUAAAUGUUUCACUGGGAAAAGACUUCACCGAAGGCAACUUGUACUUUGGGGAUUUCAGGCAGGAUCCUACCCCUGUGCCAAAGUACAUAGAGAUCGAGCACGUGGGAACCCAGGGGCUGUUACACCGAGGAGGGCAGAUCCACGGGGCACUUCCCAUUGCCUCUGGGGAACGCUGGAACCUCAUUAUUUGGAUGAGAUCAUCUGCCAUCCGCAACCAGCUCUGCCCCAUGUGCAACAAGAAACCUGAGCUGGUGGAAGCAGAGGGGUUCGGAGACGGGUUCACAGAAACCCUCGAAGAUGAUGUGCCCGAGACUGUGAAUCUCUGCUCCUUGUGGUAGCAGACAGUAGAGCCUGGUUUCUUCAGACUAACUUGCCUAAAGCUCCUUUCUGACGCCUCAGACCGCACUAACAGACUCUAAUGGAUGCACAAGUCAUGGAAAAGGUAGCUGGUGCCUUGGAAGGGGAUGGAAACCCAUUCCUGCUGGGGUUAGGGAAGCCAGCCACCGGGCAGCUGAAAGAGCCGGUGCUCAGCUCGCCAGGGCUCACACUUGCUGGCGAGCUGGAGGGCUGCUAGUAAGAUGUAGAAAGCCUUUGCUUCACUGCAGGGGCUCUAAAUAUUUUCCAGGUGUACAGGGAAAACAGGCAGAGCUGCUUGGCCUUUGUGAAGACCUCUGUGCCAGCAGCAGCAGCACGGGGCCUGUGCUGGAAAGAAUGGUACAAUAAAGACCUGCAUUUCACACCUCU